GCGGGGAUUGGCAGGGCGCGCGGCGGCGCCUGGGCCGCGUCCUGCGCCUGCGAUGGAGGGAGCGCUCUUGAAAUGGACCAACUACCUGUCCGGCUGGCAGCCGCGCUACUUCGUGCUGGACAACGGCAUCCUGUCCUACUACGACUCGCAGGACGACGUGGGCAAAGGCAGCAAGGGCAGCAUCAAGAUGGCCGUCUGCGAGAUCAAAGUGCACCCCACGGACGCCACGCGCAUGGAGCUGACCAUCCCCGGCGAGCAGUACUUCUACCUGAAGGCGGGGGGCGCCGCCGAGCGGCAGAAGUGGCUGGUGGCCCUGGGCAGCUCCAAGGCCUGCCUGGGAGACAGCAGGAGCCAGAAGGAGAAAGGUUGGAACGUUCCACCCCAGAAGUGGGUGCAUCUCCGCCCCUACACGCUCCGCGGGAGGUGGGGGGCGGCCAGGCUCACUGUGUCCAUCACCACCUUCCAGACCCGCCCCUGAGCACCGAGUCGCUGGGCCGGAAGCUGUCGGAGCUGCGGCUGUACUGUGACGCGCUGACCCAGCAGGUGCUGGACAUGCAGGAGUCCACGCGGCCCCGAGACGACGGCGCCCCGCUGGAUGUCGAGAGGAUGAACGAAGCCUCCUCCCUGCUCCGCGCCACCUGCAGCCAGUUCCUGUCCACGCUGGAGGAGUGUAUGAAGUUCGCCAAUGCCCGCCUGGCCCCCGAGCUGUACCCGCCCUCGCCCGCCCCCCUGCCCUCUGACUUCGUGGGCACCAAGCUCCCGCACUCCCACAGGGUACGGCGGUCCCUCAGCCACACAGGCGUCACGUCGCCCGACAGGGCGCUGGAGCCAGCUCGGGCCCGGGCCACGCCAGCCCGGGGCACCAUGACGGUGCUGCGCAGCCUGGAGGAGAUGGUGCCGCUCCAUGCUCAGUCUGGGACCCCCCUGGGCCCUAGUGCCAAGGAGUGGGGAGAAGCUCCGCUGCCAGCGCAGGAGACAGCAGCGGAUGGUGAAGCCAAGCGGCCGUGAGCCCCUGCUGAGGACCACGGGGCUGCUCUUGGCCGCUACCCCCCUGCCGCUAUGGCAGACUGGUGACCUGCCUCUCCCCUCAGUGCCUGGGGCAGUGCCAGGGGCUGCCCCGAGCAACAAAAGGACUCUGUGUGUGUGCCAGAGCGGUCAGGACAGUGGGCACCAGCUCAGUGCCUGAGCCUGGGCAGGCUCUGCAACCCGGGUCUUGGGGGCACAGCUGGGUCUGGUGCCCAAAUGCUGCUCCCUGCCCAGCCUGGACCCGCACUGCGAUGCAGAGGCCUGAGCUGGCUGUGGUCGUCCCCUGGCACCAGCACGGGGCCCCCGAGGCACCCAACAUGCCCCAGGCGGCAGGGGGAGGAGCGCAGGCAGCUCAUAGAAACGACUCCCCUUGCCUGCCAGAGCGGGGCUGGACCCCUGUGAGAGCCCACCUUGGAGCAGCUGGGGCACCCUCUGCAUUCCUUGCCCUUGCCCCCAGCUCUGCCCCCUGCCCCACCCCGAAGCACCAUAGGGUGGGGCCCAGUUGCUGCAGCCUACUUCCAACCAGCACCCCCCACCCAGGGUAUAGGGACCACUGCAGGCAGGGAAGUGCCAACCUGCAUGGAGGAUGGUGCUUGCGUGGCAAUGGCUGCUGGGAAGGGACAGCUCCUCCCAGCCCCACGGCGCCUGCAGCUACGGCAGGGGACCCACCUGUGCAUCCUGGUGCCAGGGGCAGGGGUUGCUACCCGUGCCCCAGCUCCCUGGUGUCCCCCCAGGGGUUGUCUGGGCACACACAGGGCUGGGCCAGGCCCCCUUUUGCCCCGGGCAAGUGCCCGGGGCUCUGCCCCCAACAGGGCUGCAAUAAACCUGGUCUUUGUGAAACAAAC